UAACAGCCCGUCGCAGGCCGUGAACGGCAAGAAGAAGAAAAAGAAGAAAGGGAAGGGGCGGAACGGUGAGGCGGACGUGAUAGCGUCUCACGAGGAGUACGACUACGAUGAAUCCCCGCUGCCCGAGCUGGAACCUGCUAUGGGGUCGCCUCGUUCCGUCUCUCGCACGGGACUAUCACCGGAGCUCGAGUCAGUGCAUCUGUCGACCACGGCAUCCCUCUCCGCGUCUGCUGCUGCUGCAAGACUUAAUCCGGCCGACAUUGCACAGGCUGAGCUUGUAGCGACGGCGAACGAGCUGUAUCGGAGGAUGGAUGCAGAUCCGCACGGCGGCAUUCCUGAGGAUGACGAGUACUGGGAGACAUUGCCGGCGCACAUACGCAACUUUGCUCAGGCGCUGUACGCGAUCGCGCAGCAGAUGGUCCAGUCUGGUGUCAAGAACGGUCCGACGAAAGGUGCGGCAGGUUAUCCUCCUGGUGCUUACCCAACUUCAUUGCCCUUCGACCCUUCAAUCUUUUCCGAUCCCGCCCUCAACUCAGUCAUGGAGCAAGUUGCCGCGAACGCCGUGCACUCUGUGUCGGACCAGCAUCCUCCCGGGUCGCUGUCGCAGGCGAAUGUCGUUCUCUUUGAUGACUUUGGCAUGGAUGAGCAAGGUUACAACGAGGAAGAAUACUUCAGCGAAGACGAAGUGGACGAAAAUAUGGACGACAUGGACGGCCUUGACCCGCGCGUAGCAGCACAACGGUCUCCUUUUACGCUAAGCUACGACGACGCGCACGCCAGGACGAAUGGCACGAACAACCACGAAGUGCAGACGAACGGCGCGGAAGAUGGCUCGAAACGGAAGAAAAACAAAAAGAAAAAGAAAAGAAACAAUGCCAUAUCGACACCCCCUCCGCCUAAUAUGGAACCGGUUCCGGCGCCGGUCCCGGUGCCGAAAGGACCGCCACCGGCCGCGAGCCCGACAAUGCCAGUGACAAAUCCUCCGGCGCCUGUUUCUGCCAGUAACCCCAUGCCCGCCGCGCGCACGACUGCUGGACAUCCGCCGCCGAGCUCGAGAGCGGCCGGCAAGCAGCCAAUGUCUUACUCGUCACCAGCGCCGACGACGACGACGACCCCGCAGUCGCAGACCCGGACGGCGCGCGCCGCGUCCAAGGCUCCUGUUUCCGCGCACGCGUACCCGCACAACCACCCCCAUCACCAUCCAUCGCCGCCAUCUUCCAAUGCGUCCGCGCCGCAAAAGCCUCGUCCGCCGUCUGCCAGCCAGUCUCAGCCGAAUGGGAAAGGUAAGGAGACGAACAAGAUCUGGAGUACCAGCUCGGCCGAGGAGCGGGAACGGAUCAAGGAGUUUUGGCUGGGCCUCGGGGAAGAAGAGCGGCGGAACUUGGUCAAGGUGGAGAAGGAGGCCGUGCUCAAGAAGAUGAAAGAGCAGCAAAAGCAUUCGUGUAGUUGUGCCGUGUGCGGGCGGAAGCGGAACGCCAUAGAGGAAGAGCUCGAGGUACUGUACGAUGCCUACUACGAUGAGCUAGAACAGUACGCGAAUUACCAGCAGCGAUACGUGUCCUCCGGCGGCACAAUACCUCCUCCACCUGGACCGGGCCCCUUUCCGGGCAGCGUCGAACUCGAUAAGAAUGGCGCUGUUAUCGGUGGCCCGAAGUUGCCACAGCGGACGAAGAACUCUGUUGUGGCGAAUGGUCGGAAAACCGUGAAGCAAGAGAGCGAGUUUGACGAGGAUGAUGGCGAUGAAGAGGAGUAUGAAGAGGAGGAGGAGGAGUACGAGGAAGAAGAGGAUGAGGAAGAGGAGGAUGAAGAGGAUGAUGGUGAUGCGGAGGAUGAGGACGAGGCCAAGCCGCCGCGAGGUCGUAGAGGUGCGCCUGGGCGGGGCAGACGGCCGAAUGGUGCCAAGGCAGAACGUGACGGGCUCUUCACCUUUGGAGACCUCACUGUUACAGGGCCAGGCAACAUCUUGACUGUCGCGGAUGAUCUCUUGAAGAAUGACGGACAGAAGUUCUUGGAGAUGAUGGAGCAAUUGGCCGAGCGGCGAAUGCAGCGCGAGGAAGAGGCGGCCGUCGAAGUUGAGGACGAUAGCGAAGAGGAAGACGACGAAGAGGGCGACGAAGAGGAUGAAGACGAAGAGGAUGAGGACGACGAGGACGAUGAAGAGGAGGAGGAAGUCAUGACGGACGAGCAGAAAAUGGAGGAGGGCAAGCGGAUGUUCUCCAUUUUCGCCGCUCGGAUGUUCGAGCAGCGGGUCCUUCAAGCAUAUCGCGAGCGGGUUGCACAGGAGAGGCAGCUCCAACUCCUGAGGGAACUCGAAGAGGAGGAGAAGGCGGCCAAGGAGAAGGAUGUGAAGAAGCAGAGCCAGAGCCAGAAGAAAAAGGCUAAGAAACUGGCUCAGAAGAUGGCCAAGGAGGAGGAGCGAGCCCAGAAGGCUGCUGAGAAGGCCGCAGAGGAGGCUGCUCAGAAAGCCAGGCAAGCAGCUCUUGAAGAGGAGCAGCGCAAGAAGCGUGAGGAGGAACGCGCGAAACGCGAGGCAGCCCGAAAGGCCCAGGAGGAGGAACGACAACGCAAGGAGGAAGAGCGGCGUAAACGAAUAGCGGAGGAGAAAGAGCGUGAAGCGGAACGUGAACGCAAACGCAAGGAGAAGGAGGAGAAGCUCAAGGCCGAGCGGCGUGAAAAGGAGGAGAAGGAGCGGAAAGCUAAGCAAGAGCGUGAGGCGAAGUUGGCUGCAGAGAAAGCUGCUGCCGAGGCUGCCAAACGCGAACGCGAGGAGAAGGAGCGCGAGGAACGAGAGAAGCGACUCGCUAAGGAGAAGGAGGAGAAGGAGAAAGCGGAGAAGGAGGCCCGGGAGCGUGCUGCACAGCAGCAACAGCAACAGCAACAGCAACAGCAGCAGCAACAGCAGCAGCAGCGAGCCGCUGCCAGGGCUGCCAAUGCUCGCCCUCCUCCGUCUCCCCGCAAUGCUCCUGUCGCGAGUUCUUCCCAGCCGCGUUCACCUCCGAACAAUGUUCCUGCUAAGAAGAUCCUCAACAAGCCCCCUCAGCCCCCGGCUCCUCUUGUUCAGCCUCCCCGACAGCAGCCGCAGCCUCUGCAGCCCAGGCCAGUGGUUGUGACCGCCUCUCAGCCUGCGACUCCCAUUACUGCUCAGGUACCGCAUAUACCCCCCUCGACGCCCAUAUACUCGCCCGGCGGUGGUGUUAUUCCUCCUCAAGCCAUGUCGCCCAGGGUUCCCUUCACGCCUUCCACGUCUUACGGGUCGUUCGUCCCAGCUCCUCCGAUGCCGCCUGGGCCGCCUCCCCAGUUGGGUCCGUCUGCUCUUCCUAGGACUUUCGCUAAUGGACCGGCUUUUGACGGAUCCAUGUUUGGUCGUGGCGUGCCGCCACCCAUUGCUCCUCCGACUAAGGUGGUGCAGAAUCCUCUGGCUUCUCCUCCUCCCAGUAUGGCUCCUGGUCCUAGCCGGCUUCCUCCCAGCAACCCGGAUCCUGGCCCUAUCACUCGCCCUGUUGCUCCAAUUGCUAGGCCCGCUGCAUCUGGCGACGCUUCAGGAUCGGCAGGAUCGGGUUCCCCGGUCCGUCGAUCACCUAGUCCCAAGGGUACUCUGGGCUCGUCCGCUCUGGCCGCUGACGACGACGAAGUCGUCACUGCACCUCCUAGGCGGGUAGUCAACGCUCCCCCUGGGCAAGUAUGGGGUAACCCCAGCCCUCGCGAUGCGACCCUCCCGGAUGCCGCCAGACCUCCCUGGGGUUCUCCCCCGGUAGGUUUCGGUUCCCCUCGUGCUCCCGGGGCAGCAGCAAAUAUGCUUUGGGGAAGUGUCGACUCUGCGCCUCCUCCAGGAUGGCACCCAUCUGCGACGAACUUCUUUGCUAGUCCUUUCCUUCACCACGCACCUUCACCCGCUCCACAUAAUGGCAGUUAGCGUCCAUCCUUUGCAUCUUGCACUCCGCAUUUUUUUUAUUGUUCGAUCCAUCCUGCAAUACUUUGCUUUGCUGUGCGCAUGCCCACUGACGUGAAAUGAAUGAUACACAUAAAGAUUCCUG